AUUUGUAGGAACUUGGCAUUUUAGUUUGAAUUUUGCGACGGUUUGCUGAAUAUCAAAAUCGCGAGCGCCACAAAUUUUCCGCUUGAAAAAAUUGUUUAAAAUUAAAUAAGGAUUCCAGUGUGUGCACAUCAAAUUAAACCUUCUCUGCAUAAGCUUAAAUCAAAAUAAAAGUGUUAAAAAGCUAGACUAAAAAACGACUCAAAGUCUCAGUAAAAUUUACAUAACCAAAAGUUAACAUUUGGUAAUCGAAAUGGGCAUUCCUGACAUCCGGCUGCUGGUUACGCUGGAGUUUGAGGUCUAUGGCCAUGUGCAAGGCCUGAAUCUCACGAAAGACACCCGGGAUCGCUGCACCAAGGCGGGCAUCACGGGCUGGGUAAAGAACAGCAAGCAGGGCACCAUUGUCGGCAAAAUGCAGGGUCCCAAGGAGGAGGUGGACAAAAUGAUCACCUGGCUGUCCAGCGAAGGCUCACCCGGCUGCCAAAUCGAGCGCUGCGAACUCCGGAACCAAGGCAACCUCAGCCGACUGGACUACAAGGACUUUGCCAUUAGGUUUUAGAUGUGUUUACCGACACCAAGCAAUCAUCUAUAUAAAAUUGAUGAUUUGUGUGGCUCAGUUUUGUGUUUGUUAUGUGCAUUAUUUCUAUAAGUUUGUAAAUAUCGAGUAAAAAAUAAAGAAAUUUAUAAUAAAUUUAAA